GUGUAGAACCUGUCUGAUCCCCCACUGAGAUCUGAAAGCUUCCAGGUUACUGGUCAGGCUGGCGAAGGCGAGUUCUAUUUUCAGGUGGCCAGUUUAGCCAUGCCAAACAGGAAGUCAAUACAGAGAAACUAUAGUUUCAUUACCAUGACAACCAGCAGGCCUCUGUUCAGCAGGACCGAUCACAGAGCCACCGGGCACCGGGCCGCUAACACCCACGGCCCCGACCACAGGGCCUGCUUAGCUCCGGCUCCUCUUACUACCAGUUGCAGUCUUUUCUCGGUCAGGGCACUUUUGGAAAAGUUGUUAAGUGCAAGAGACUGGACGACAACAAGACUGUGGCCAUCAAAAUGAUUAAACUGCAGGGCUUGUAUGUAAAGGCGGCAAAUCAAGAGGUGGCUACUCUGAAGAAAUUGAGAUCGUUGGACACGUUCUACCUUGUCCAGUGGUACCAGUACUUCGUUGACAGAGGACACAUUUGCCUGGAGUUUGAGCACCUGGACAAAAGUCUCUUUGAUUUCAUGAAGGAACAACAUUUCAGACCUCUCCUUCUGAAAGAGAUCAGACCAAUUGUCCAGCAGAUUGCCCAUGCACUCAACCACUUGAAGGCUGCAGGGAUUGUCCACGCAGACCUCAAGUUGGACAACAUCAUGUUGGUCGAUCAUCUACGGGAGCCCUUCAGGGUCAAAGUGAUCGACUUUGGACUGGCGUGUGAGGUGUCAGCUGCCAAGUUGGGUUCCUACAUUCAGACCCGUCCAUACCGAUCCCCAGAGAUCAUGCUGGGGCAUCCCUUCACAGAGGCCAUAGACAUGUGGUCUCUGGGCUGCAUGGCUGCUGCGAUGUACCUCGGGACCAUGCUCUACCCUGGAUUGGGUGAAUAUGAAAUGAUCAAAUACAUCAUGGACACUCAGGGUCAGCUACCCGACACCAUGCUGAACCAUGGAGGUAAAACUCCACAAUUCUUCACGAGGAAAGUCGACUCCACCACCUCUGUCUGGAAACUCAAGACACCAGAGGAGUACUGCAAAGAGACGGGAAGGCAGCCAAUGGAGAACAGGUGUUUUAAGUUCACCUCCCUGACGGCCUCUUGCAUAUCCGACGCAUCAGCACUCACAACUCUGCAGAUAAAAUUGCAGAGAUGGCCGACGUCCACAUGUUUGUGGACAUGCUGAAGGCGAUGCUUCAGCUUGAUCCUGACAGAAGGAUCACACCCCGUCAGGUGCUGGAGCACAAGUUCAUCAGCAUGCGCCACAUUGGGAGCAUGGACCAUCAAAGCAACUAUGUCAGGUCCUGUUUUCAAAUUAUGCAAAUCUGUCAGAAGAAAAUCCCGACUUCUGGCAGUGGCACAGCUGUGUGUGGGCCACUGAAGCCGCCCCGGUGCACAGCUACCAACCCCGUCCAGCAGAAUCCUCCAUCUCGUGCUGAGGGGAGAAAAACUGACCAGCCCCACCACACCGCCCUACAUCCUUGCACCACCACCACCCAGACCAGAGGAACUGAGGGGUCAAGGAAGAGGAAGAUUGAGCAUGAUGAUGUGCAGCCUCACAAGAAAAACACUCUUCCCUCGUCAAACAGCAGACAUGAUCCUUUGCACACUUGCCAUCAUCAGUCGGAUCAGAGGACCAGGCCCGCUAACACCCGCAGCCCGACCACAGGGCCACCAACACCCGCAGCCCCGACCACAGGGCCACCAACACCCGCAGCCCCGACCACAGAGCCACCGGGCCGCUAACACCCGUCGACCCAUCUUGAGACCCGCCAUCCCCAGAAACAGAAAUAAUGUUUGACAGUCAGAAUGAAAGAUGGCUCUUGUAAAUAAAUGGCACUUGUAAAUAAAUCGGUUUAUUCCUUUGA